AUGAAUCUACCUCCACUUCCAAUUCUGUCUCCGGCCGAUCCAGAGACGACGAGACUCAAAUUACAGUUCCUCAACCUCCACCAACACCCCGAACCCCCCCUCGCGAACUUUUACCGCUGGUUCGUCCUCCACUGCAUCCACAAACGCUCUUUCAAAGACGGUUCCUUCAAAACCAGCAUCCCCUGGAUCCUCUCUGGCCCCGGCGCCUGGAAAGUCGAAGACAUCCUCUUAACCAUGUGUUCCUCGUCUCUCAUCACCGCUGCGGAAAGAAGCAUGAUCUGCACCUUCCUCGGCGAAUACCACACCCAACUCGAAGCCGUGCAUAAAUCGCCCUCCACGAGUCUAACAACCAUUCCAUCAUGGGCAGGCGUCAAGAGAAUGUUCGAUGUCAACGAUCCCACGCAUUAUGCUGCUGUGGCUUCCGCCUUUGAAGAUUAUCCUCAGCAUUGGCGCCGUACUCCUGCUCCCUUUCAUCCUGCUCAUAAGAGGCAUGACGCUAGGUCCAGCGACACAACAAUGUUGCGAGAAAAGAGAUCUGAAGAAGAGUGUAUCGUCGCCAAGUACAGCAAUACAAUGACGUUGCGAGACAAAAAGUCUCAAGAGGAUAUUCUCCAGCAAGCCGGCAGAAAGAGAGUCAUUUCUAAUUCGGCUGUUCGCUCGACAAGUCCCACAAAGAAGAAUAAGCCAGAUGUCAAAAUGACCGAGGUCAAGGCUGCUGAUGUCUUUUGA